CUCUCAAAACCCUAAAUUCUCUAGAGGCAAUCAAUCAAAGCCACCCGGGACUCGGAGCGUGAAGAAGCUCAUCGGAGAGAAGAAAUAUGGCGAAAUCCAUGAGAUCCAAGAGAGAGAAGAGGCUGAGAGCCAUCAGGAGAGAGAUGGUUGAGCCUAUUUACGACAAGAAAGACGCUGCGAAGCUCGCUGCUCAACAGGCUGCUCUUGCUGCCCCUAAGCUUCCCGUGCGCCCCUCUCCUUUCACCAAUAUCUCUACUAUGGACGUCGCACCAGCCUCUACUUCAACCGCCGCCGACGCUGCUAUGGAGGUGGAGAUGGAUGAUGGCAGUGAAAGCAUGAUGGCGCUGAAGGCUGUUGGUGGGAUUGGCAAGAAAUCCAAAAAGAAAUUCAAGGUUGGGAAGGCCAAGCGGCGUGGUAAGUGCAAGAUCAAGAGGAAUCGCCACAUCUAGUCCCGUGGCCACUGUACUUGGAUACAUGGCCUCUCCCAAUACUUAACUAUAUUGUAUUAAGUACUAAGUUCAGUGACAUUUGGUUAACCCUUCAAGUUUAAUUAUUUAUUUCUUACUCUCA